AGCGUGGGGCUCAGUUAAAUGUGCAGAGGAGGCGGGUCUGAGAGAAUAGCUCUAUUUUAGAAUGCCGAAAAUGAAUGUGGAAAAAAAAGAAAAGAAGGCAGAAAAAAGAAAAAAGCUAAAGCAACAUGUGGCCCAAAAGGGAGAGCUGGAAUCAGAGACUCAACCAAAGAAAAAGAAACAAAAUCUGCAGGCAACAAAUGAAGAGGAAGAACUUACCGCAGAGGAAAGGAGGAAACUGGAAAGAAAAUUAAAAAAAGAGCGCAAGAAGAAGGAAAAACAGCUGAUGAGGGAAGCUGGAAUCUCUACUAAAAAGGUGGAGCCCAAAAAGCAGUCGGGAUCUGAGCUGGCUCUGGCCUAUUUAACCAGCUGGUCUGAAAACCCAGAAGAAUGGAAGUUUCAAAAGACAAGACAAACCUGGCUUCUCUUGCACAUGUAUGAUAAAGAGAAGGUUCCAGACAAGUAUUUUACCAUUUUACUGGAUUAUCUGCAAGGGCUUCAAGGUGGUGCGCGAGACAUAACUGUGCAGAAAGCUGAAGCUUUUAUGAAGGAAUUUGAUGGUUCUGAUGCAGAAGACCCAAACCUCUUGGAGAAGUGCGAGCGCAUACGACAAGUUCUGCAACUGCUGUCCUGAGAGUAUUUUUGUGUCUUAAUGGUUGUCUGGUGGAGAGAAGGAGAGGAUGUCAUAUACAGAGACUAUAAAUUAAUUGUAAAGACAUAUUUUCUAAUAAGAAUCCUAAUACUAAAUUUUCAGAUUCUGUACUCAUAGUUUUUUCCAAUUGCAAAUAUUUAUCAUGUUUUGAGGUGAUGAAAUAAAAAUAACAUAUUUGGUCCAUA